UUUGUUUAAAUUUACUAAAAAAUAUUUCUCUAUUUACAGUUAUUAUGGCGUGUGUGUCAACGAGGGCCAAGUGCACGCCUUAACUGAGUAUAUCAAUGGAGGGUCUUUGGAUUCUCUGAUUGGUGACCAGACUGUGUUCCUGCCCUGGGUGACUCGCGUCUCCCUGGCCUUGGACGUAGCGCGGGGCAUGGCUUAUCUACACUCUCAAGGGGUGUUUCACAGAGACCUCACUUCCAAGAAUGUAUUGAUCAAGCACACACAUGAGGCUGGUGAACACAAACUUACGGCUGUGAUUGCAGAUUUUGGUCUUGCUGCACCCAUACCACAUGAGAGGUAAGUGUGCGUGUUGGUUGUGUCUUAUCAA